GGCAUUCGCGAGUCGUCGAUCCUCCGGUGCGUUCCGGACUCAUCGGCGCGAACACACUAGUCAACUAAAUAUUCUUCUAAAAAAAAUUACUCACACACCUAUUUAUUUCCCGUAAAAAGACACAAAUUGGCUUUGUUCAGACGAGGGACACUGGAUUAGUUGUGCCGGCCGGUGUUUUUUGCAUUUUAUUUCUUAUUUUUACAAAUCAUUUAUAAUCUAUUGGAGUAGAAAUAGGCUCGCGAUUAAACAUUGAUUUUGUAGUUUAAUAUUGUAUCGGUGAUAAACACAGGGUCGAAAAUAUCGCAUGGAGGCUGUAAACGGCGUCUCGGACGGCGGACCGCCGCCCCCGAGUCCGCUCACCGGCUGCUAUCUGCUCGUUGUCAUCGGCGAACCGCACUCCCAGGAGCAUAAGGACAUUAUAUUGCGGCGUGUCGCCAAAGGUUUGCUGUCAUGGGACCUGAGCGAUUGCAUGGUGGACCUGGAGAAAGAGCUUGCCAUAAUUACAGAGCAGGCACCGGAAGGUGAAGAGGCUCGUUACGGCGAACGUUUAAUCCAAUAUGCCUCCGAGAACUUGGUGACGGAAAUAUUGAUUCAUCCGGCCGUGAGUACGCUGUCGCAGUGCGUGAGGAACUUGCUAAGCAGUUUUACGAGACACCGACACAUCAUCCACUCGGGCUACACGUUCGCUGCCAACGGUUCAUGGGCGCUGCAAGAUGGCACGUUUUCGCUCGCGGAUUUUUCGGAAGCGUUUCAGGAACUGGAAGUGCAGCGCGUGAUUCGUGCGUAUGACAAUGGCAUAUCUGUUGAUAUUCAUUGCUCACCGGAGGGCGACUGGACGCGGGUACCGAAGGAACCAUUCGCGAAGAAUUGCAAAGUGCGUCUUAAUCCCGUCGAUGUUUUGCCGAGCAGUAGUCUGGCAAUCGCGGAUUUUCUCAAUUACAUCACGCCAUAUUUGGUUCCGCUUGACAUCGUCACAGCAUUGGAGAGCUCUGAGGUAGUUGGCAAUAUUCGCUUCUCGCAUCCCACACUCUAUGUGUUCCCGGGCGGUCAGGGUGACGCCGCACUCUUUGGCAUCAACGGUUUCAAUAUGCUCCUGGACGGUGGCUUCUCAAGGAAAGCUUGUUUUUGGGAUUUUGUGCGGCAUCUCGAUCGAUUAGACGCCGUCCUAUUAACCAGAUUAAAUAAUAGCAACGUGAGCGGCAUUACAUCAGUAUUGAAGCGGAAACGACAAAACGCCGUUUAUCCACAAAUUGGACACUUUUUCUGCAAUAUACAAGAAAGGAAGGCAUUGUUGAGCCCGGACGGCGAUAAAGAUCGUGAUCCACUUCUGAUUAAUUUAAUGGACGAGGGACAGGACAUUGUAACCAACUUGAAACAUCUUAAUCUACACCCGCAGACAUGCUACCGGGACUCUGAGCCCAUAAACCUAUAUCACAAAGUAGGCCAUGGAACGCUUGACAUGUACGUUCUUAGUCCGGCGAAGGAUUCUCGUGAAGUGCGCGAGUUUAUUCAGAAAUGGAAUAGUAACGAUAAUCGACUAUUCUCCAACCCGAAAACCAAAGAGUUCUCGUUCCCACUUCCGAAUCUUGUGUCAAUUUGUGCACUUCUCGUGUGGCAGCCUUCCAAUUCCUCGGAAAACAUUACCAGAAUCCUCUUCCCUGGAAGUACUCCUCAAAGUAAAAUAUUCGAAGGACUAGAUCGACUGAAACAAUUAGACUGCAUCAAAUACCCUAUUUGUUCAGAAAUUUCAUUGAACCCACCCAAGAAGACCAAAGAACAAAUCUUUGAUUCUUCCAAGUCGCAGAAAAUACUUCCAGAGGUUAAGAAAGAGAAAUCGCCUAGACUUAAUGACAUCAAGCCGAAGGAGCCGAAAGAAGCAGCAAAGCAACAAGACAACAAAACUAUUGACACUCCUGAAAUAAAGAAAGAAAUAAAAAAAUCUGACUCGACUGAUAGUGAUAAGAGUGCAGCUAAACCUAAUAAUAAAGCGGAGAUAAAAACUGCAAAAGACGCGAAGGAAACCACAACAACCUCUCGAACGCCAAGGAUAAGAGACAAAGACUCAAAAUCGGUGGAGCGGAAACCAUCUGCAAAAAUUGAGAAGAAGCCGUCGCCAACAACACCCAAGAAAACGAUAGCCAACGGUGAUGCAACUAAACCGAAAGCGACUAAAGUUUCUCCAACCACAACACCUGCGAAAAGCGCAAAGGAAGCAUCGAAUAGAAAGGUUUUAGAAUCCAAGAAGCAACUACCCAAAGAAAAGAAAGAGUCUAAGCCAGCCGACAAAAAAGGGGAUGCAGAAAAGAAAGUUGAACGUAAACCGAUUUCACGACGACCCAAGCCAGCAGCGGCACCUGCAGUUAAAGCAGCCACCGGUAGUCCAAUCAGAAAGAAGCCGGAUUCGAUUGCAAAGAAGGCUAAACUCGAUAAAGAGGGUACAACCGAUUCGAGUACUGUUAGCACCCCGACUGCUGAUGUUGAUGUAAAACGCGACAUAUCUAAACUAACGCCCGAAGAGCUCGAUCAAUUGAAAGCUCAAGAACUAGCGGAUUUACAAGAAGAGCAAGAAGUAGUGCAAGAAAUUGAAGCUGUCUUCAGGAAAGGCGAAGAGCGAGAAGCCAGUGAAUCGGAAAUGCGCAAGAUUAAGAAUAUUUCCAUUGAAGAAAAAACGGAUGAAGAAUAUUUGGUUAUUGAGAAAGUCGAAGUUGAAGUUCAGGAAGAUGAAAUUCAAAAACUUAUUCGUGACAGCGAGGAAUCCGAAAAACAACGCAAACUAAGUGAUCCAAAGGUUGAACCGGCCAAGGAAAUAAUUAGUCCGGAAGAAAAAGUUGAUAAAGUUGAGAGUGGUACUCAACCUGAUGAAAAGUUCUCAGCUACGGUUGAAUCGGGCGCGACUACUGCACCCACCCUACCCGAAGAUGAACGAAUUCCACUUGAUGAAAUUAAAGAGAAGGAUGAUACGCAGGUUAUCGAAGAAAAACAUGUCAAGGAGGAAACAAAAGAAAAAGAUUCGAUUCCAGUAAUUCAACUUCCAUCGAAGAGCAUUGAUUCCACACCACCUGUUAAAGCUGUUCCAGUCGUGGGCAUUCGCUUAGACAAACAGCAACACAUCAGAGACAUUGUUAAGACUCCCGACGAAGUGGCUGAUCUUCCAGUUCAUGAGGUUGCAGACCAUUACGCCGAUUAUCAGAAGACCACGGAUGAGCAAACAACGACGAUAGUGAAGGAAGCACUGCAGGAUGCUAAAACGGAUGUACAAAAGGCUGUGGAAGAGGUGAAGGAAGAAGUGAAAGCUGUCGUCGAUGAAAUAUUCGAUGAGGUUAAGGAUAAAGUGAAGGCUGUUGUCGAGGAAAUAAUCGAAGAGUCCAAGGAUAUUGUUGACAAAAGCAAAGAGACUGUCGUAAAUGAUGUAGAAGCGGUUGACGCUGAAAAGGAAAGUGUAGAUAUCAAUAUUGUUGAGGAAUCAAAACAGGCUGUGGAAGAAACGAUUAGUGAAGUUCAGAAGACUGCCGUUGAUGUUAGCAAUGUGAUUAAAGAAGACUUAGUGGAUACUAAAGAAUUAGUUACGGAUGAAAAGGUAGAGAAAGAAGAAAUAAAAGAAGUCCAAACUGAAACCAAGGAGGUUGAAGAAAAGGUGAAGGAAGAAGUUGCAGUUGAAGAAAUAAGUGAGGUUAAACACGUUGUCAAGCAUACUUUUGAAGAAACUAAAGAAUUGGUGAUUACUGAAACAAAUGCCGAAGAAAUUAAAGUUGCUGAAAAGAAAGAAAGUGAGGUUAAAGAUGAAGUGCCCGUGAUUGCUGAUGAAGUUGUGGAUACUAUCAAAUCUGAUCAGACUAAAGAAGAACAGGAGACAACUAAGAAAGAUGAAAGUCUUGAUGAAGUCAAGCACGUUGAAGCAAUUUCAGAAGAAAAAGGUGUUACCGAAGUGAAUGAAAAAGUUGAUGAAGAAAAACCAUCAAUUGACAGUUUUGAAAAAGAAGUUGAACAAAUUGUAGGUGCAAUAACAAAAACAAUCGAAGAUACCAUAAAUGAAAAACUUACAGAUACCAAAGAGACUGUAGACUCAAAAAUUUCGAAAGUUGAAGAAGUGAGUGAAGUUAUUCAUGCACAAGUUGAUGAAAAAAUAAAAGAUUUGAAGGAUGUUGAAAAAACUGUUGAUGAUACUGUUAGCACAUCAAUUACAAAAGUUGAAGAAACUACCGAACAGAUAAAAUCAGCUGUUCAAGAUGAAGUGUUAACCAAAGUAUCAGCAGUUCAAGAAUCCGUUACUGAAAAAAUUGAGUCUACCAAAGAAACUGUGCGUGAGACAAUUACCAAGGCGUCUACUGAAAUUGAAGAAAUUAAAGAAAUGACCACCGAGUUAGUUUCCGAAGCUAAAGCAGAAAUAUCUAAAGUUUCAGAAGAUAUCUCACAGUCAAAGCAAGCCAUUGAACAAGAGGCAGUUGAGAUUGUCGAUAAAGUUAAAACAACUGUCAAAGAAGAAACUGAUUCUAUCAGUGGAUUUUUCUCAAAGGGUUUAUCCAAAUUGGAAGAAACAACGAAAUCAAUUGGUGAUAAGUUGGUUGAGGAAGUUGGAAAAGUCUUAGGUGAAACAAAAGUUGACGAAAAAGAAACUGAAACAAAAGAAUUAAAAGAAACUGAUUCAAGUAUUGCCGAAUCUGUACCAACAGUCGAAACAAGUAUUGUUGUGCAAAAUGUAGAUGUAGAACUUCCCGAAGUAAUUAAUCUCAAAGAAAGUCCAGAAUCGCCAUGUCCCACACCGUUUGAUUACAUCGAUAAAGUUGACUUGGGUCGGAAAUCUCCAAAAGAACGCGAACAAGAUGUUGCGAAAAUAGUCGCCAGUGUGGCUGAAGUUUUGAAAUCAGAAGCGCCAUUGGAGGAGUUUAAAGGAAAAAUUCCACUCGAGAUUACUACUUUCCCUACAUUUACUCCAUACACAACUGAACUACGAGAAACUCAUAUUACAACUGUGGAUUCGCCAAUUACUGAUAUGCCGGGUCAAAUAACCCCAAUAAAGGAGGAGAAGAUUGAUGAGGUUUUAAAGGAGAUGGAAGAUGACAUUGAUUCAAAUUCCAAUACGAGUAAAAUCAAUACCUUGAUUAAAACCAGCAAUGAAUUGCUAGAAGCCAGUUCAAAGAUUAUUUCUGACAUUAAGGAACGUAAAGAAGAUGAAAUUGCGGAGGAAGACGAAGAGGUUGAAGAGAAUGUUGAUACUGGCACUGUACAUCGAAUGUUAGUAACGGCAUCUAGUGAAGAUGGUGGUGAAGAGACUGUUAUUUGUCCUCCAGGGUCAAUAACGUUCCCGAAGAGUUCUGAAAGUUCUGGAAAAUCAAGUCCAGAUUUACGCAAAGAUGAAAAUCAGAAACCAGAAACUCCAAGCCCCGAAUCUAGUCAAGAUGCUCCAUCCGUUUUACAAAAGGAACCAGAAAUAUCAGCUAAAAUGAAGAGUGAGGAUAUUCCUGAGACCAAAGACAAAGUUGAUAAGGAUGAUAAGAAACCUGAGAUUGCUGAACAAUUUGAGGAUAAUAAGGCAACCGAAGAAAGAUUGGAAAAGGAAAGUGAGUCUAGGAAAUCGUCAAUUGUUGAAAGCGCCGAUAACAAAUCGGAGAAAUCUACUGAGGUAUCCAAAUCUGGAAAAUCAACUCCUGAUUUAGCAAAAUCUGGAAAAACAACACCUGAUGUUUCUAAAUCAGGAAAAGCUACACCUGAUAUUCCAACUUCUGGUAAAGCAACACCUGAUAUUCCUUUGUCUGGAAAAGCGACACCUGAUAUUCCAAUUUCUGAUAAAGCAACACCAGAUAUUCCAAAAUCAGGAAAAUCUACUCCAGACAUUUCGAAAUCGGACAAAACAACACCUGAUGUGUCCAAGGUGGAACUAGCAGCUUCAGAUAUUGCAGCAUCUGGAAAAGCAACGCCUGAUGUUUCUAAAUCAGGAAAAGCAACCCCUGAUAUUCCAACCUCGGGAAAAGCUACACCAGACGUUUCAAAAUCUGGAUUAGUAACACCUGAUAUUCCAACAACUGCUGACAAGGAUAUAUCGGAUGACAAAAAAUCAGGAAAAUCUACUCCAGAUGAUUUGGUUUCCGCUACUGUUUCAGCAACUGAGAAACCAAUUACGUCUAACAUUGCACAAUCUGGAAAAUCAUCGCCAGAACUUUCAAAAUCCGGCAAAGCUACACCUGAUAUGGCCAAAUCUGAAGUGGCAACAAGUGAUAAUCAAAAGAGUGGUAAAUCUACUCCUGAUAUUCCAAAAUCAGGCAAAGAAACUCCUCAUAUUCCAAAAUCUACCGCAACUCCGGCGGAUAUUCCUAUAUCUGUUGAUGAAACAGUAGAAAGUGUUGCCAAAUCAGGAAAAUUAACACCUGAUAUUUCAAAAUCAGACAAAACACUCACGGAUACAUCGAAAACUGCGGUAGGAACUGAUAUUCUUGAAACUGAUAGAGCAACACCAGAUAGUCAUAAAUCUGGAAAGUCUACACCUGAUGUUACGAAAUCUGAUAAAGCCACUCCUGAAAUCUCAAAACCAGCAACACCUGAUAUUUCUGUCACUCCAGGUAUUCAAACAUCAGGAAAAUCGACGCCUGAUAUUCCAAAAUCAGAGAAAGAAAUGGCCAACGUCUCAAAAUCAGGAUCAACAACACCAGACAUUCCUGCCUCUGAUCGUGGUACUCCGGUGGUUCCAAAAUCUGGAAAAUCAACCCCAGAUGUUAUCCCAUCUGGCAAAGCAACACCUGACGUACCUCAUUCUCCAUUAGCAAAAGCAGAUAUUUCCACCUCAAUUAAGGAAACAUCUGAUACUUCAAAAUCCGGAAAAUCAACUCCUGAUCUAUCUAAAGCAGAUAAAGAACUAUUAGGAACCAGCAGAUCGGGGUUAGCAACCCCUGACAUUCCAACACCUGUCAGAAGUACUCCCGAUAUUCCUAAAUCAGGUAAAUCAACUCCUGAUAUACCAAAAUCAGGAGUAGCGAUUCCCGAAAGUCCUACAUUCAAGCAAACGGAUUCAGAUCUUUUAAAAUCAGGAAAAGCAACUCCUGAGAUUACAAAUGGUAAAAUAACUCCCGAUAGUACUAAAGAUACUGUAAUCGAUGAUGUUAUUUUGAAAUCUGGCAAAUCAACUCCAGACAUAAAAUCAGAGAAAAUAACAGCUGAAGUAUUGAAACCUGAAACAAUCACGUCUGAUCUUUCAAAACCGGACAUACCCUCAGGUAAAGCAACUCCUGAUAUUUCAAAAUCAGGGAAAUCUACUCCAGAUAUUCCAAAAUCAGGCAAAGAAACUCCUGAUAUUACAAAAUCGGAUACAAUCAUGGCAAAACGAAGUAGUAUUGUACUGGAAUCUGAUAAAUCAUCAAUUGUUGAAACUGUAACACACGAAGAAAAAUCAACAGUUAAAUCAGUCGAAAAGAUAUUAGCUGAUAGCGAAAUUUCUAAAAUUGAUGAAAAAGUUGCCAAAACUACUUCAAUAGAAACUGAAUCAGCAAUAAAUGGAAAAAUAUCUCCAGAUCUUCAACCAACGUUUGACUCAGUUGAAGAAGUUACUAAAACAACAAAUUCAUCAACGUCGACCACAGUUGAAGAUAAGAAGUGUGAAAUUUCAUCUGUUACAACUGCAAUUGAAACUUUAUCUGACUCCAAGGAGGAAGUACAAUUGAGCACACACGAGGUAACAACAGAAUUGUCAAAUAUGACAUGUUGUACAAGAAUCGAGAAUGAAAAACUUGAGGAAUUGUCAAAUCAUAUUGUAGAUGAAAUUGGCUCAGGUAAAUCAACUCCAGAAAUAAAUAAUAUUUCAGGAAAAUCAUCACCUGAAAUUCCAAAAACUGACGUAUUGCCACGAGGUAGUAUCCCAAGAUCGCCGGCAUUGUCUGGCAAAGGUACUCCAGAUGUAUCAAAAUCAGGAAAGUCAUCACCUGAUUUUGGAAAAGGUGAUAGCAUCAAAUUGGACACAGAUAGUCUUGCAUCAGGUAAACAAACACCUGAUGUAAAUGUUGAUCUUCCGAGUAGUGUUGCGCCUUACAGUGUUCAAAUGGAUACGGAUAGUUUAGCCUCAGGAAAGAUGACACCAGAUCUGAAGCAUGACUUAUCAUCAGGGAAAGCAACACCAGAUGUCGAUAAAUUCAGCACACAUAUUGAAACAGAUAGUUUAGCUUCGGGUAAACUUACACCGGAUGUACACAAAGGGGAAGUUUUAUCUGGUAAAUCUACACCAGACAUGGGUCAUCCUGAAAGUUUAGCAGAAGAAAAGACUUCGAUUUCUUCUGGUAAAUCAACACCAAGCAGCAAUAAAGAUUCAGGAUGUGUUGAGAAAUCCAGCCCACAAAAUGGAGAAUCAGGUGUUGAUAGUCAAAAGGGACCUGAAAUAUUACCUUCUAAAGCUGUUGACACAAAAGAUGAUUCUGUACAUAUCGAUGAUAAUUUGAAAUCUGGAAAAUCCACUCCUGAUUUGGGAAAAGAUCAGAAGACAAUAUUAAGUGGUAAAGUUACACCUGAAGUACCUGUUGCUAAAAAGGACAGCAUUCAGCUCGAUGACAGCUUGAACUUAAAAGUUGAAUCUCUGGCGACUGGAAAAUCAACACCAGAUUUGAAACCCAGUGAAGCGAGCGAUAGUCGCAAGAGCAGCAUUCACGCCGAUCAUGUUGUCUCGGGUAAAUCUACACCUGACAUUACAAAGAUUGAUGAUAAACUAGUAUCGGAAAAAGUUUCUAUUGAAGAGAAAUUAGAAAAAGUUGUUUCAGAGAAAAUAAGUUCUUCUAUAGAAGAAUCCGCAACUCUUCGGAAAGAGAGUCUUCAGGCAACAACAGAGAAAGCUCCAUCGGGUAAAAGUACUCCAGACAUUUCAAAGGAAACAAAGGAAUCAGGAAAAUCUAGUCCAGAUGUACAAACUUUGGAAUGUAAACGCGAUAGUGUCACUAUUCCUAAAGAUGUUUCUGGUAAAUCAACACCUGACCCACACAAAGAUAAACUUCAAGCAGAGGAUACAGUAAGCGUAACAUCUGGAAAGACAACUCCUGAUCUUGGCAGUAGUAUUCAAGCAGAACAUAUUUUGUCAGGUAAAUCAACUCCAGACAGCACCAAACUAUCGCAUCACGAUGACUCAGGAAAAUCAACACCAGAUUUUGGCAAACGCAGCAGUAUGCAGGCAGAGCAUUUACUCUCCGGUAAAUCCACCCCAGACUUUGCAGCUCCUUCAGAUUUGACGAAGAAAGAUUCUUUGCCAAUUUCCGGUCAAUCCACACCUCUACGAGGCAAAUCUAGUCCAGAUGUUCAUGUAUCGGAUGAACAGGGUAAAACUACAACUACUAUUAGCGAUGUAUCGAGCUCAUUCGAUGUAACGCAGCUUCAAUCAGCGCAUGUAUUCCGUGAAUUGAUGGAGGAGACAAUUACCUCGUCUUUCGAUGAGAAAAAAACACAAAACGGGGAUAUACUACAUGAAAAACACGACACAUCCAAAUUGGAGAUGGUUAAAGAGACAAUCUCCGGUAAGUCAACGCCUGAAUUCGCAAAAGAUUCGCGAAAGUCUUCGGUUAUGUCCGGGGCUGAUGAUUCAGACUACAGAAAGUUUUCCAUUACUUCAGAAAAUACCAAAACAUCAUCAAUGAUGUCCGGUAAGUCCACUCCGGAUAGAAAAGAAGAAAAACACACAGUUCAAGCAUUUAUUGACGCGGAACGACAAACUGAUUCCACACCUAGUCCUAGCAAAUCUGAAAGAAAACCGUCGCAGGGAGAAUUAAUGUCUGCGUCGGGAUUUCAUGCUGAUCCAAUGAGUACAUCGUUUUAUGGAGCUUUACCUGUGGAUAGUGAUGAAGAGGAUAUCGAUCGGGUUCAGCCACGCAAUGAACCUAAUUUAAUGACGUCUAGUUUCAUCGGCGAUCUGCCAACAGAUGAUAAAACAGAAGAAGAAGUUCGGGCUUGGGGUAAACCACUGGGUUUGCCUAGUCCAGCGCCUCCAAACGAUAACAAAGGAACACCAAAGAAAGAGAAAAGACUGCCUAUGAAUGUGAGCGUCAAAAACAAGCUAAAUCAGAGAUCAGAAUCACCGUCAAAGAAAAAGAAGAUCAAUCCGGUUUACGUCGACCUAACAUAUGUUCCACAUCAUGGCAACUCGUAUUACAGCCAGGUCGAUUUCUUCAAACGAGUGAGGGCACGCUACUAUGUGUUUUCGGGCAUUGAACCCAGCAAGGACGUUUAUAACGCUCUGCUGGAGGCAAAGCAAACGUGGGAGGAUAAGGAUUUGGAAGUGACGAUAAUCCCGACCUAUGACACUGACGUGUUGGGAUACUGGGUCGCCGAGAAUGAAGAAUUGCUUACAAAGUUUAAAAUUGACCUCUCACCUUCGGCCAGUCGCUGCACCAUUAACUUGCAAGAUCACGAGACAUCAUGUUCAGCUUACCGCCUAGAAUUUUAAGUGACGUCUUCGGUUUGAGAGAAAAAAUAAGGUUUUUGCCCAUUUGCCAUGAAAUAUUUAUUCAUCACUUCAUCAUGAAUCAUCAUAACUUUCGACGUUUAUAAAUACGCAUUUGAAUUUCAUUAUAGUCACAACGAAUAGCUGAAACAACUGAAGAAAGACAACUGGCAUCAUAUAAUUUUUAAUGAAAAACAAAAACGUAACGUCCAAUUGCUCCAGACCAUUCAAAAUUAAACAAGAAGAACAAAGACGCAGCGUUGCGCCAUAAUGCCACUAAACUACUAAGAGAUUACAAACAAGAAACUUUUUUGAAUAUAAAAUUUUCAAACAUUCUCCCCCCAAAUGGCUCCAUUUCAACAUCUCAAAAUUUACAUAAAGCAAAUACGCGUCUCCAUUAUAUGAUAAGGCGAUAAGAAACUUUCAAACUUUUUCGAGUAGAGGAAAGAAAUGACAAGUCAUUUUAGCUAGGUUGAAAAUAUAAAACUUACUUAUAAUUCUAAUUAAAAGUUAAGAGCCAUGAUAAAAAAGAUCCCCGAGGAGAGUACUGUAGCUAGAUUACUAAUAAAUUUAAAAUAAUUACAAAGAAAUAUUCAAGCAUUACGAAAUAUCUUAUAAAAACAGAGGAAGAAAUUGAUUACUUCAUAAAGUAGACUGGUUUAUGGUAGCAAGGAGAGAGCAUUCAAUUUUUGAAUGACCUAGUCGUGUUUUUCGAAAUGUCUCCUUUUCUCUGAAAAGCAGAUUUUUAGAAAUCGAUAAAUUGCAGCGUUGAAAAUUUUAAACAAAAUCAACUACUUCUGUGUUUAGAGUUAUUUAUAAAAUGGUGGCUUUCAGCAGUUAUAAAAUAUACAAAUUAUUUUGAUUCAUACUUUGCUGGUACAACAUCAAUCGAUUUCGAGUUUGACUAACUACAUGCGCAUUUGUUUAAAAUGCGAACAAUGUGUUUACAAGAUGGAAAUGAGUGUUUGACACGGAAGAAUUACAUUUGAGAUUUCGUAGAAUGCAAUAUUUGAUAUUACCCUACGCGGAUACAUUUUGUAGUUUUCGAAUUAUCCUGAAAACCAAGCAUAAGGAGCGUAAGAAAUAUGGAUACAAGUGUAAUUGAAUAAUUAAAAUCCAAUAAUUGCUUUUGAUGUAUUAACCGAGUCAGAAUACGAAUUUGUUACAUGUGAAAAUCAUUCCUAGAAUGAUCUCGAUGUGGCAAAACAUACUAUGUGAUGUGAUACCCUUUCAUAAUAAUUUUGUGUUAAUAAUGAUCGAGCUUCUGUAAUAUUCUUCGUUUAUGGUCAUAGCGCCGUUGUGUGACGGUUUUUGUAUGUUUCAAUGAUGUCUGCUAUCGCUAUGAAUUACAAUGGCCUAUAUCUAUUUAGAGCUCAUGUUUGGUUCCUUUGUUAGAGAAAAUACACUGAAAAUGCUUCUAAUAAAUAUAUUGAUGCAGUAAUUCAAAAACAAGUACGACUGUGUAAUGAUUACUUAACGAAUUGUUUACGUAACAAAUGAGUAAUUAAACUAAACAACUUAUAGGAAUAUGAAAAUUUGACGAUGGGGAAGAUGAAAAACUAUUAGAGACUAUAUUUUAUUAGGUAUGGUUACGUCUCAUAUCUAUGCAUACAUGAAGAUCAAUGCCACACGAAUUAAUUGCAAACUAUGUGAAGAACUAAUUGCUAAACAUGAUAAAGAAUCAUCUAUUAUAUAUUUGUUUAGAGAUGAGAACUUGAUAAUGAAAAACUUCUUGAGCUUUUAAACGUAGUAUCACAAUAAUUAUUGAACUAAUGAAGGAAAUUAAACAAAAUUUAAAAGAAACCAUUAAUUGAUUGUUAACUAAAUAUGUAAGUUUGGUGCUAAACAAAGAUUGCCUUGCGGAGAUAACGAAUGCGAACAGAACAGGAUGUAAAAUCAAACACACACAAACACAAGAAUUUGGUUGACAGCUGGUUGGACGGAGGACGAAUGAUGAUGAAAUUGAAUCGAAACAUCGCAAAGUUCGUGCUGGUUUAGUUGAUGAAAUUUCAAUGUAAAAUGAAGCAACGGAAAAUGUCAACGAAUGAAUUAUCAUCGGGUCAGCAAAAUAACAAUCUCAACGGUAACGCAUGCAAACGUGGGUAUUGGAAAUUGAAUUCUUCUUGGUUUAAUAAUAAUUUUUGGUUUGGUAACGUGUAUCUAUCUGUAACGCACAAUAAACAGCUCGAUUGCAUUGAAACUUCAUCAUUUCGGAUAAAUUGUUAUCAUACACUAUGAUGUCUAAAUGUUUAUUUAUUCAAAACAAGAGAUUUGAUCAAAUGUUACGAACGGAAAUCUAGUGCAACACAAAGACGAAAAUGUAUUUAUUCUUAUUUAUGUUAUAUUUAAACAAAUUGGCAAUUUUAUUACUCUAUUGUAUUAUUAAAUCAUUAUAAUAAUUGCAAAUAUUAUCUAUAUAGUUAUGAUAUAAAUUUAUGAACAAACUAUUACAUAUUAAAUCAAUGCAAAGAUAUUUAGCUUCUAGUCAACCAAAUACCCAAAGAAGAAUAAAACAAACGGAUUAGUAACAAUUAAUAUGAAAGAGUAAAAUGGUGAAGAACUAUUGAUAAAAACUCGGAUUCCUUAGCUUACGAAAUGUUAUUAUACUGACAUUUAACUAAAUAACAAACUUACGUAUAUUAAAGACGCAAUUAAUGUAUGGGAUAUGUAUGAGAUUUAAUUGAAUUAAAACCAAAUAAAAUCAUUGAA